AUGGAUUCCGACGAUUUUGAUGACGAUAUUGCUGAUGAGGACAUUCUGGCUGCCUUUGAUCAAGAAUCUUCAUCUAAUGGAGGGAAGCUUGUGUCUACAUCUUCUUCGAGUGGCUCUAAGAAUAGCGCCGGUGACCUGAAUAAGCAGCAAUGGGCAGCACAGGAGCUGAAUGAUUUGCCUUCGGAUGCCUUUUCUUCACCAGAGCCAGUGAGGCAGAUUGCCAGGGGCCCAGCAAAGCCUGUACCAACAGCUCGCAAUGGCUUCAGCCGCACGAAUUCCGGUACUUUGCGACAAACCACGUUAUGGGGUGGCCAUGCGGCGACGGAAGAUGCUCCUCGCCCAUCUCAGACUACAACUACCAGGGUCUAUCGCGCGGAUCUGCCCCCUGAACCUCCUAGCCCUCAUCAGCUUGAUAGAGAGGCAUUGAAGACUUGGGUCCUGUUCAACAAUACGCUGGUAGCGCUGCCGACUGGUCUGGGAAAGACGUUUAUUGCUGCUACAGUGAUGCUCAACUUUUACCGCUGGACGAAGACAGCCAAAAUCGUCUUUGUAGCGCCGACAAAGCCACUUGUAACGCAGCAGAUUGAUGCUUGUUAUAACAUCGCGGGAAUACCUCGAUCAGAGACCACACUCCUUACCGGUGACAUUGCUCCAGCUCUGCGGAGUGAUGAGUGGGAAAAGAGACGAGUCUUCUUCAUGACGCCACAAACGCUACUCAAUGAUCUCUCCCAUGGAUAUGCAGACCCAAAGAGUAUUGGUCUCAUGGUCAUUGACGAAGCGCAUCGCGCCGUGGGCGAAUAUGCGUAUGCCAAAGCUACCAAACUCAUUCGCCGAUUUUCCAACAGUUUUCGGGUCCUGGCUCUGACGGCUACACCAGGCUCAAAAGUUGAGACAGUUCAAGAAGUCAUUGACAAUUUGGGGAUUUCUCACUGCGAAAUCCGAACCGAGGAGUCUCUUGACAUUCGGCAGUACGUGCACGAUCGAAACAUAGAUCAGAUAGUCCUUGACCCUUCGGACGAGAUGAAUCUCAUCGGUGAACUCUUCACUGAGGCUCUCAAACCGUUGACAGAGAAACUCAGCUCCCAAAAUAUAUGGUAUGGGCGGAAUCCGAUGGCUCUGACAACGUACGGUUUGAUACAGGCACAGAAGGAGUGGUUUGCCACGCGUGGGAAUCGCGCGAACCAAGGUGUCCAGUUCAUGAUGCGGGCAAUAUUCAGCGUGCUAACGAGUCUUGCUCAUUCGAUCAAAUUAUUGCAGUAUCAUGGUAUCAAACCUUUCUACGAUAACAUGGUUGACUUUCGCAGUGAACAAGAAGACAAAGGCGAAAAGGGAUCCAAGUACAGGCGCCAAAUCAUCGAUAGUGCCAGCUUCCAAGAAAUGAUGGAUAAAAUUGCUGGGUGGCUCAAGCUCGACGGCUUUGUGGGACACCCAAAGCUCACAGCCUUGGCUGAUUGCGUCUUGAAUCAUUUCAUGGAUAACGGGGAGGGGACUCGAGUGAUAGUGUUCAGCGAGUAUCGUGAUUCCGCCGAAGAGAUUGUGCGCAUGUUCAAUACUCAUCGACCACUCAUCAAAGCUACCGUCUUUGUUGGGCAAGCUGAUGGUAAGCGCGGCGAGGGCAUGAAGCAGAAGCAGCAAAUAGACACGAUCGAAAAGUUCAAGACUGGCGCCUACAACGUCCUCGUUGCCACUUCCAUUGGAGAAGAAGGGUUGGACAUUGGCCAGGUUGAUCUUAUUGUCUGCUAUGACUCUUCGGCGUCUCCAAUUCGCAUGCUGCAGCGCAUGGGCAGAACGGGAAGAAAGCGAGCAGGUAACAUUGCGCUGCUCCUGAUGAGGGGGAAAGAGGAAGAACAGUUUGCCAAGUCGAAGGAUAACUACGAAAAGAUGCAAAAGCUCAUCUGCGAAGGAAGCCGGUUCAACUUUCGAUUUGAUCUUUCCACGCGGAUUGUACCCCGAGACAUACGGCCCGAAGUGGACAUGCGGCAUGUUGAGAUUCCAGUUGAGAAUACUCAGGACAAGUCGUUACCAGAACCCAAGAAACGGCAGGUUCCCAAGGGUAAAAAGAAACCACCCAAGAAAUUCCACAUGCCGGAUGGAGUCCAGACUGGGUUUCAAAAAGUCAGUGAUUUUAUGAAGGUCUCGAUAAACCCGGGAGAGCGUGUGUCCAAGUCAAGUUCAAAGCCAAAGCGAAAUCCCGAACUAGAUGAUCUGACAGCGAUUCCUGAAUUGGAUCGUGUUGUUCUUGGCUCGGAUGAACUUUACGAGCUCGAGCGAACGUACCGGAAUCUACCAUUUAACCGCAACGUGACUGACGAAGCUGAUCUGCCGAGUAUGGAAGCUCAUCCAAAGCUGCAACGACAGCUACGCCCGACUGCCUUCGUCCCUCAUGGGGCUUAUACAAAACGUUGCGUCAAGCUGCUGCAAAAGCUGGGGGAUGCUGAUAGCCUCGUGAGGCCCCGUAGCGACGUGGACACGAGCGACUAUCUUGAAAUUCCCGUAAAGCCAUUUGUGUAUUCUGAUAAUGUCGAAUCAGAUGAUGACUCCUUGCCCAAAAAGAACCCUCAGUCUGCCGCUCGGCACAUUGAAGAGGAAGAGGAAGAGCCCGGGCUGCCGCCUCGACUCAGCGAAGCCAAAAGACAAAAAAGACUGAAUUCCAAGUCAAAAGGAAAGACUUCACGGAAAGCUGCCAUUGGCAGUGAUGAGAUUGGAGAUGAUUGCGAAAGGGAUAGUGAUCUGCUAGACGAGAGCGACUCGGAUGACGGAGCCGACUUGGUAGAUUUCGUCGUUGGAGACGACCAAGCAACAUCCAGCAUGUUUGAUUCCGAAGCAACAUCUCCCAUAAAGCCGAAUGAACGGACGCCGCGAGCAGGGGCAAGCAAACCCUAUUUUGUGCCAACUCAAUUCACGGCAACCCAAGAAAGCGAUGGAGUUCCAGACUUGCAUGCGCUUGCUGGCCCGUCCAGGAUGCAAGGCCGAGCGAGAGAAGCGUCUGAAGAGGCGGCACCAACUAACAGGAGGCGACGCACAAGACCUGCGUUGCUAGACAGUGACGAUAGUGAUGUUUAA